CCCCAAAGCAGCUCACCAUCAACACUCACACUUGAGCAUACACCUCCAUCUCCUGGCACUUCCAACCUUUUUAGCAGUUAUCAGCAUGGAAGACCCCGUCAAAGAAAUCGGCUCAAUCAUCCACGCGUUGACAACCACCUCCUCGCCAGAUGAACAGCGAGAGACAGUCCGGAAAUACUUCACAGAAGACGCAUCCUUCGACCAUCCCUACGUCCUCAUCGAGCACGGCAAAAACAGCAGAGACUACAUCGAGAAGAUAUACCAAUGGUACAAAGUCAUGAGUCCGGAGAUAAAGUUGACUGUUCAUGGCGUUGCGUGGGAUGAGCGGAAUCAUAAGCUGUAUAUCGAUGCGGAACAGGUGUUUACGCAUUUCUUUUUGCCGCAUAUACAUUGCACUGUUAGAUUAACAACAAAAAUCACCCUCCGACCCACCCCCUCCUCGUCCGGCACGAAAUACUACAUCUCGGCCCAAGAAGACUUCUACCAAGACCACGACGCAGUGGCAUUCCUCCCCUUCUACGGACAACUUUUCUUGAAGUGGAUGUUGCUUGCGGGAAAGAGAGUUGCGGGGUAUGGAUGUUGGUACGGAGCGUGGGUGGGGAGUUUGGUUGGGUGGUGGAGGCCCAGUGGGGAUUGGAGGUGGUUGAAGGGGAAGGCCGGGGCCAAUAGGGUGAAGGGGCCUGCUCUUAAAAACGCAGACAAAUACUUGUAG